AUGAAUUUAUUAUUUGUACCGUGGAUUUCACAAGUUCACUGUGGUAAUCGUAGUCCUAUUAAUCAGAGUGAUUUAUCGACUAAUUCACAAUCAGUGACCAGAAUAAUAGGCCAAGAUUCAGAUUCAGAAGCAGAUAUUUGUGAUGAAUUGGAAGGUAUCUUUUCAAAAAUGAAUCCAAUCAGCAAAUUUACAAAGAAAAAUGUGAAGAAAGGGAAUUUGGAACGAAAACCAUUGCUCUCGGGACGAAUUCAAGCAUUAACAGGUGAAGAAAGUGGAUCAAUUAGUGAUCGACAAAAUCGCUUAUCAAGUUCGGAUGAUGAAGAUGUGAAAUAUUUUAAUGAAAAUUAUGGUUCGGUUGGAAAUGCUGAAUUUGCAAAUAUUAUUAGUGAUGCUAUUCAUGCAAUACGUGAAGGAGUUUAUCCUGAACGAAUCCGGCAAGGAUCAUCUGGGUCAUAUUUCGUGAAGAAUUGUAAUGGAGAAACUAUAGGUGUUUUCAAGCCUAAAAAUGAGGAACCAUAUGGUCAGUUGAAUCCAAGAUGGAUGAAAUGGAUUCAUCGUAUCUUUUUCCCAUGUUGCUUUGGGCGCUCCUGUCUUUUACCCAAUCAGGUAUGCUUUUGA